AUGGCGCAAGAAAAUGAAAAGAUAAAAGCAGUAUUGAUUGUUGGUGGUGGACCUACUAGUGUUAAACUUGCUGCAGUAAUCACUGUCGAUUUUCCUCAGAAUAAGGUAACUUUGGUGCAUGAUGGAUCUAGACUACUAGAAUUUGGAAUGGUUAAAAAACAAGAAUAUAAUGUGGAAGCGAAAUUGAUGCAAUCUGUCGAUAUGAGUAAUAACAUGAACAGCUCUGGUGAAAACAGAACAUAUUUCACCUCGUCUAGGGACACUAUCAGAGAGGAUUGCCGUUUUCUUUGCACGGGAAAGCCACCGGGUUCAGAGUGGUUAAGGGAGACGUAUUUGAAGGAUCAAAUCAAUAAUUUUGGAAGAUUGAAGGUUGAUGAAAAUCUUAGAAUCAAAGGUCAUAGAAACAUAUUUGUUGUUGGAGAUAUAACUAAUAUUAAGGUAAAGCUAGAAGAGGAUUAA